AUGUCAUUAACAAGACAAUUAAAACGUGAAAGGAAUAACCAAAAUAACACCAAUACUUCUAUUUCUACCAGUAAAUCCAUGAAACCUUUAUCUAUUAAAGAAGUAUUUAGUUCUAUAAUGAUAAAAGAAGCUACCGCUCCUCAAAAUUUAUUUAAGAAUAAAAACACAUAA